AUGCUCCUCCCCUCAGCCCUCUCGUGCGACUCGCGCCAACACAACAAUCACAACAACCACAACAAUUACCAAUACCACCCUCAACACCCCCCACGUCCGCGCUCCCUCUUCCCCACUACACCUCCCUCCUCCCACCCCUCCGAUGGCCUCAGCUUCAUCGCCAGCAACAGUCUCCUGGGCACUUGUCGCACCCUGCAGUCCCUCCUGAACUCCUCGCCUGCCCCUUCGCCCUCUCCGUCGUCACGGCGCGGCGCCGCAAAACUGUCAUCUCCGCAACUACAACUGCAUCAGCAGCAACGGCUCCAGAGCCCGCUACAUGUCGUGCGCCCGUCGCAACAGCAACAACAGCAGCAACAACAGCAGCAGUGUUCUGAAGCCGCGCGGGCAUGGCGGGAAGAGGAGGAGAAGGGAGAUUCGGGUGUGGGUGUGGAUGUGGAUGAGAGUGUGGAUGAGAGUGAGAGGCAUGGGCCAGUGUCGACACGAUUGCGAUCGCGGUCGCGGUCGCUGUCGCAGGUGCAAUCACUCUCGCCAGAAGCAAGUAGACGAAAGUGCGCCUGCGCCGUGGAUGAUAGGGGGUGUGGGUGCCAUGCGCGGAUCGAGCGACUGUGCGCUGCUGCUGACGAUGACGAUGACGACGACAAUAUCUCGGCUUUCCCCUCUCCUUCCGCAACCACAACACCUACUAGUGGUUCUUCUACGUCUAUACAUACGACUACAGCCAGCACAACAAUUACAGCUCCUCACACGCACCCGCACCCUCCCCUCCCCUCCACCGACUGGACAAGCGCCGACGACAAACGGCUCGUGGCUCUCGUGCUGGAGAAGCUGAAGCUGUCGAAGCGCGAUUGGAAUGAGUGCGCGCGCCGCAUGGGUAAGGACCACGAUAGCGUGGGCCGGCGGUGGCGCGCGCUGGUGGGCGAGGGUAAUGUCGGCUUGCGGCGCGGUAGGGGCCGGAUGUUCCACACCCCGAUUGAUAUAUUCCCUCCCCCCGGUCCACACAAUCGCUCCACGGCCAUGUCCAAAGCAAUUGAAGCCUCAAUAACGGCCUUCAAGGGCAUAAAAAAUGGACCAACGAAAUUUACUGAAUUUGUCACUGAAGGAUCUCGCAUAAUCCCACCAAGAAAAAAGAUCCACAACACCCCUCUCCGUAUCGACGCCGGGAAGUACGAUCCCGCUACGAAAAUGCUUAACGUUGUGUUGCAAGUCAACUUGAAGACUAAGAGCAAAGGACUCGAAGACUGGUUGAAGAAAUUUUCCACCCACGCAAGGUUGGCCACGGCCAAGUUCAAUACCGUCGCAUCCGACAAGCAUGCCGAGUACCAUAGUAUGUUAGAAGAACUGGAGACCAAGGGCAAACAGAAUCUCAUGGACAUGAAAACUGCUGAUGACGAAGAAGCAAGAUUAAAGCAGGAGCAAGACCAUAACGGGUAA